AUGACGAAGGAAAUCUUGGAAGUAAAUAGAAGAAAUGAUAGGAUUAUCUGGGUCAGGCUGAUAGUUGAAAAUUGCACUGUUAACAUCUUUAGUGCAUAUGCACCCCAGAUAGGACGCUCAGAUGCAGGGAAAGAUUGCUUCUGGUCGGACCUAGAGGAGGAAAUGGAAAAGGUACCAGUUGAUGAAAGAUACCUUGUUGGUGGUGGUCUGAAUGGGCACGUAGGCCAGAUUAACCAUGCGAUCAGCCGUAUACAUGGUGGGUAUGGCUAUGAUGAAAGAAAUACAGAGGGUGAGAGAAUUGUUGAUUUUGCUGUGUCCAAGGAUGUGGUGCUGGUGAACACUUUUUUCACCAAGUGGCAAGAGCAUCUAGUUACGUGCAAAAGCGGAAGAAGGUAG